AAGCUUUAAAAAACUUAAUUACAGAAUAGACUGAAAGAUGAGAAUAAUAGGUUGGAUUUCUCUCUGUCUUUGUGUCCAUGCUACAUUUCAGGCUGAGAUAAGUAAAACAGACAUCGAGGAUGUUGGGUCAGCAACAACCAUUUUUGCAAUUAAAGAGACAACAUCUACACCUGAAGAAGAUGAAUCACAAACAGAUAUGCCUGAAAUCAAUCUAGAAGAGGAGAAAAUUGUUGAAGAUCUAGAGGAAGCUGUAAUAUCAACUGUCCCAACAAAUGAGCUUGAGGAUUCCUCUGAAAAUACAUCUGAUACUACUGCAGAGACUGAUAUUGUUGAAAUCAAAACCUACCUUGGGGCAGUAUAUGGAAAAAUUUCCCAGCAAGAAUCUGGACAGAAAAUGUAUAAAUUCCUUGGUAUACCUUACGCCAGACCACCAGUAGGAAAACUAAGGUUUCAACCUCCGCAGCCAGUUAUGAUUUACAAAAAUUUAGAAGCAUUCAACUUUGGCUCAAAAUGUCCCCAGUUUGACUCUUUUGGUGGUGAGAGUGAGAAGCUAUCAGGGUCUGAGGAUUGCUUGUUUCUAAACAUAUUCACAACUUCUAUACCUCAAGAUAGUGCACAUUUCACUCCAAAAGCAGUAAUGCUAUGGAUUCAUGGUGGAGGAUUUAAUCUAGGAUCAUCAGAUAUAUAUGAUCCAACCCCACUUGUAAAUGAGGGUGUUGUAGUUGUAACUAUUAACUAUAGACUGGGAGGGUUAGGUUUCCUAACCUUUGGAAAUGACAUAGUGGCCGGGAACAUGGGUAUUAGAGAUCAGAUAGCUGCUAUGCAGUGGACAAAGAAAUUUAUUCACCAUUUUGGAGGAGAUCCAACUAAAAUCACUAUAUUCGGAGAGAGUGCAGGUGCAACAAGUGUGAAUGCUCUUCAGAUGUCUCCCAAAGCAGCUGGUCUCUUUUCAGGUGCCAUAUUACAAAGUGGGACUAUGUUUCUCUGGAGAGAAAAAUAUGACAAAUCAAGGCGAGAAAGAAUAGCUUCAAGCAUUGCAGAACAAUUCAAUUGCUCAAGUACAAGAAAUGAUAAAAAAAUGUUAGACUGCCUUCAAAAACUUAGCUUUGAAGAUUUCUUAAACACAAUCAAGAUUGAAGUGUUAAAUGAAGAGAAGGAGAAUAAGAGUUUUGAAAGAGGAGCCUGGUCUCCAGUUUGUGACUCCUAUUCAUCAGACCCGGUCCUACCAGUGGAACCUUUAGAAGCACUUACUGAUGGUCUAUUUACAAGAGUUCCAAUUAUGACUGGUACUGUUAAGAACGAUGGUUUGGUUUUAAUCCCAAAAGCAAAUUUUGAAAGUUUCUGGAAAGUUGUUGGGCCUACAGCUAUAGGAGUUACUGUCAGUUCAAACAAAUCUGAAACUACCCCUGAUGAAUAUACUUUAGCAAACAUAAUUUUAAGAUUCUAUAAUGGAGGUCGCUUCAGUCUCCUGGAUUCUUUAAAUGAAGUAGCUGACAUGAUAACAGAUGCCUUGUUUCUGAGUCCGGAUCAGAAAUUUGCUGAACUAGCCUCCGAGCAUAUUCCAGUGUAUAACUACCAGUUCACAUACAGUGGUUCAAAAUCUGUUCUUCCAUUCUACAUAGCUGCCUCUGGCAACAACUUUGGAGAUGAAACUCAGGAAGUUUUUGAAAAAUUAAAGCCAGUUCACUUUGAUGAAUGCAUUUAUCUUUUCAAUAUGUUUGGCCCAAGAAAUGAGGAAGAAGAGGAAGUAUCUAAAGCUAUGUCUCUUUAUUGGACCAACUUUGCCAAGUAUGGACAUCCUUCUCCAUUCUUAAAACAAAACUUGACUCAAUGGAAACAUUAUUCCACUGAAAAGAGGUAUAUGGAGCUUGGAGUUAAAGCAGAAAUGAAGAGUGAUAUUGAACAUGAGAGAAUGACUUUUUGGCAAAAAAUCUACUGGAAUGAAAAGCAACAGGAUUUGAAGUCUGCCAGUGUAUACAUAAAAUUGGUGAAUUAUGUGCAUUCAUUUUUGCCCUUUCAUUAGUGUUCGAGUUAGAUUAGAAUCCAAUCUUCAUAAAACAUCCAGAUCCACAUCAAAAUGAUAGGAAACUCGAUUAACCUGAUUAUGACCAGAAGUCUUCAAGAAACCAGUACAAGAUCAUGAUUAUUUCACAAAAAAUACUAUUUAGUUUAUGUGAUUAGUUUUAUGCUAUAGAUAGAAAAUUGCAAAUUUAAGACAACACAUAUCCUUCUUAUCCAUUUUUAUGUCCAAAACUAUAUAUCCUCGUAUAUAUUUUGAAUAAAAUUAAAAACCUG